AUGAGAGACGGUGUAUAUACUUUUCGUGCACAUAGAGGAAUAUAUCACAAAAUCGACCAAUUAGUUCCGAGGGAUGGAACCCCUAGGUACCUGCAGUUGUAUUUUUAUGAUCCUGAUGCCGAGUUAGAUCUCAGACUCCAAUGGCCAAAUCUUGAUCGUCGUAUUACUCAGAUUUUGACACGCGUUCUUUCUACAAACCCACAUGUCGAUACAUUUAGAAGACUUGCAGAACUAGGACCUCUGGACAACUAUAGUGUCACUUUGAAUGCUUCGGUUGAACUUGACCAAAGGGUGUACAACCGACCAACGACAUCGGAGGUUGCUGGUAUUUGGGUAGAAGGUAAUGACAAUAUCACUUCGUAUAAACGGAGUAUUGUUGUGUAUGGUAGGUCUGAAUAUAGCCAAACUAUUCAGCCGUACUUCAGUUGUUACGAUCCAUUGUCGUAUCCUCUAUUUUUUCCUAAUGAGGCUAACACACGAAGUGGUAGACCAACCGUGGCUAUGCGAGAGUACUACAGUUACAAGUUCCAGAUUCGAUCUACCGAAAACGUGCUUCUGUUCGGUGGUAGACUGCUACAACAGUUUGCGAUAGAUGCUAAGAUACGGGCCGAUUUGUACCAAGGUCUUGUGGAUUGCGUCAAUGCUGGUGAGGUUCAUGCAAACAGAGUCGGGAAAAGAAUUGUGUUGCCUGCAUCUUUCAUCGGAGGGCCUCGCGACAUGCGACGUCGGUUUCUAGAUGCGAUGACUUUAGUUCAAGACGACGACGGCAAGCCUGAUAUAUUCCUUACAAUGACGUGUAAUCCUAAGUGGCCUGAGAUAUGUGAUAAUUUACAUGUUGGUCAAACUGCACAAGAUCGUCCAGACCUUGUUUCAAGAGUGUUCCGGGGUAAAUUAGAAGAUCUUAAGGAACAACUCUUUAAGAAACAUAUCCUUAGGGAAGUUAAGUCAUACGUUUAUGUCAUCGAAUUUCAAAAGCGUGGUUUGCCGCACGCACAUUUUCUCCUUAUCAUGUACCCGCAACACAAGAUCAAUAACGCGGACCAUUAUGAUAAGGUUGUGUGUGCUGAAAUUCCUAACAAACAAAGACAUCCCAAAUUGCAUGAGAUGGUUGUCAAACACAUGAUUCACGGUCCUUGCGGACAUGACAAACAUGUUAUUCAAGUUGAUCAAAGUGAGCCAGGGGUUGUUGUUAAUGAGAUAAAGAGCUUUCAAGAUGCACGCUACAUAUCGCCCCCAGAGGCUAUGUGGCGCAUUUUUUCCUUCUCUCUUUCUCAAAUAUCUCCUUCUGUUUUAGCCUUACAACUUCAUCUCCCAAAUAAUCAGAUGGUUAGAUUUAGGGAUGAUGACUUAAUGUCUAAUAUUGUUGAUAGGGAAAGGGAUAAGAGAACCAUGCUAACAGCAUUUUUUGAGAGAAAUAGAAUCGAUGAAACAACAAGGGUAUAUUUGUAUAAAGAUUUUCCAAAACACUUUACGUGGAAUGGAAGCAAACGCCGUUGGAAUCCUCGUGGCCGUAAAAACCAAAGAGGUCGUAUCGUUUCCGCUAAUCCAGCCGAAGGAGAAAGGUACUACUUACGCCUACUUUUGUCAAAUGUCAGAGGGCCUACUUCUUUUGAACAUCUAUGCACAGUUAAUGGUCAACGGUGUGAGACAUUUCGAAAAGCAGCUCUUGAGUUAGGCUUAAUAGAAGACGAUGAAUAUCUAUCACAAUGUCUCGAAGAAGCCUCUACGUUUCAGUUUCCUAAUGCUCUUCGAAGGUUAUUUGCGACCAUAAUGAUUUUUUUCCAACCUGGAGAUAUUCGAAAGUUAUGGAAUGACCAGUUUGAAUCACUGUCUGAAGAUCAUCGGUUACACUGUCAAAGUAUAGAACGAGUUCAAAAUAUGGUUCUUACUGAAAUUAGUGUCUUGCUACAAUCCAUGGGUAAAAAUAUCAAUGAAUUCGACCUUCCUAAGAUAACAGACGAUGUUAACUUACAAGAUGCAGGUUAUCAUGAGUUACAAGAAGAGUAUGGGAUUGUUUUGGAACCUGAACACUUGAGUGCCAAAGAUUCACUUAAUCCGGACCAGAAAAACGUGUUUGAUGAGAUCAUGAUGCAUGUUGAUAAUGAUCUUCCAGGCGUAUUCUUUAUUGAUGGCCAAGGUGGAACUGGAAAAACAUUUUUGUACAUUGCCUUGCUUACUGAAAUUUGGUCACGUGGUCUUAUUGCUCUCGCAACAGCUUCAUCAGGUGCAGCGGCUAAUAAUAUGCAAGGAGGUAGAACGGCUCACUCAAGAUUCAAGAUUCCUCUUAAUCUUGAAAAUAAUUCAAUGUGCAAUAUCAAAAAACAGAGUGGGGCCGCUAAACUGAUUCGGUCUGCCAAAAUAAUCAUAUAG